AUGAGUCAUCUAGUAACUGUUGCAACAUGCAGCCUGAACCAAUGGGCCCUAGACUGGGAGGGCAACACAGCCCGGAUCAUCGAGUCGAUUAAGAAAGCCAAAGCCGCAGGGGCCCGGUUACGCGUGGGUCCCGAACUAGAGAUCCCCGGGUACGACUGUUUGGACACAUUCUUAGAGAACGACGUGUACCUGCACUCAUGGGAGAUGAUGGCGCGGAUCCUCAGCGACCGCGAGUGCGACGGCAUCCUGAUCGACGUGGGGAUGCCGGUCAUCCACCGCAACCUGCGCUUCAACUGUCGCGUGCUGGCUGUCGACGGGCGGAUCUUACUUAUCCGGCCCAAGAUCUGGCUCGCGAAUGAUGGAAAUUAUCGUGAGAUGCGCUACUUUACCCCCUGGGAACGUCCGCAGCAUGUAGAGGAGUACUAUCUUCCGCGCAUCAUUCAGAAACUCCAGGGAGCCGUGAAAGUGCCGUUUGGGGAUGCUGUCAUUUCAACCCCGGAUACGUGUCUUGGAGCGGAAACGUGCGAGGAACUCUUCACGCCAGAUGGGCCGCAUUCCAAAAUGGGCUUGAACGGCGUGGAGAUCUUCACCAACAGCUCUGGUUCGCAUCAUAACCUGCGUAAACUGGACCAGCGGGUUUCGCUGAUCUUGGAGGCGACGCGGAAGAGCGGGGGGAUAUACCUCUACUCGAACCUGAAGGGCUGCGGCGGCGAACGGCUUUACUACGAUGGAUGUAGCAUGGUGGUGGUCAACGGCGAGGUGGUGGCACAAGGGUCUCAGUUCUCGCUGGACGACGUCGAGGUGGUCACCGCGACUGUUGAUCUGGAGGAAGUGCGCGCGUACCGAUUUGCCCCGAGUAGAGGGUUACAGGCGGUGCGGACACCAGAGUACCGUCGCAUAGAGACGGAAUUCAGCCUGUCGCCUGAAAGCCACGAGGUGGACCUGAGCUUGGGUCCUUCCGUUGCACGGCCGGUACGGUACCAUCUCCCCGAGGAGGAGAUUGCGAUGGGCCCGGCCUGCUGGCUGUGGGAUUACGUGCGGCGGUCGAAGCUGGCCGGGUUCCUGGUUCCUUUGAGCGGGGGGAUCGACUCGUGCGCGACGGCGACGAUCGUCUUCUCCAUGUGUCGGAUCGUGAUGGAGGCGGUGCACGCGGGCAACGAGCAGGUGAUUGCCGACGUGCGCCGGAUUGCGGGCGCGUACGAGGAAGACGAGGCUGCCGUGAAGGACUGGCUGCCGCGUACGCCGCAGGAGCUGUGCCAUCGGCUCUUCCACACGGUAUACAUGGGGAUGGCGUCGCAGUCGUCGCGCGAGACGCGCACGCGGGCUAAGGAACUGGCGGCGGCGAUCGGCGCGUACCACGUGGACCUGAACAUCGACGAGAUCUUCAACGCACAGAAAAGCGUGUUUGCGCAGGCGACGGGCUUCGAGCCCAAGUUCAAGGUGUACGGCGGCUCGCAGGCGGAGAACCUUGCGCUGCAGAACAUCCAGGCCCGCACGCGCAUGGUCACCGCGUACGAAUUCAGCCAGUUGCUGCCGACGGUGCGCAAGCGUCGCGGCGGCGGCGGGCUUUUGGUGCUGGGCAGUGCGAAUUGUGACGAAGCCCUGCGUGGGUACUACACGCGCUACGACUGCUCUUCAGCGGACAUCAACCCGAUCGGCUCGAUCUCGAAGAAGGACCUGAAGCGCUUCAUUGCCUGGGCGGGCGUCGAGUUCUCCCUGCCCAUCCUCGAGGAGUUCCUCAACGCCACCCCAACGGCCGAGCUGGAACCCAUCACCAAGGAUUACGUCCAGUCCGACGAGGUCGAUAUGGGCAUGACCUACGACGAGCUCUCGACGUUUGGCAUCUGCCGCAAGGUGCUCAAGCUGGGUGCGUUCGGCAUGUUCCAGAAGCUCGUCCAUGACUGGAAGGAUAAGCUGGGGCCGAAGGAUGUCGCUACCAAAGUGAAGCGCUUCUAUCAUUUCUACUCAAUCAACCGGUUCAAAAUGACGACUCUGACACCCGCGUACCAUGCGGAAUCGUACUCGCCAGACGACAACCGAUUUGAUCUCCGGCCUUUCCUGCUGCCCCCGCAGUACGAGGGCCAUGCGUUUAAGAAGAUCGACGAGUUGGUGGAGAGGAUGGAGAAGACUAGCUCAUAG